AUGAGCUCCCUGCUCAACCCCAUCCACAGCGCGAAGCAGAAAUGCCGCCCCAAACACCAAGUCCUUGUCCUGAAAUGCUACCCCAAAUACCAGAAAAAUGUUCAGGAGGUCAAGCCCAUGUCCUCCGAGCUCAGCUACCUGCUCUAUUAUGCAUCGACUCGCCGCAAUAAACUGCAGAAGGUCGGCGCAUUCCUCGAGAAGAAGAACGCCGGUGAUGUCUGGAAGGGACGGCUCGGAAAUGUCCAGGUCACCCUCCAGAUCCUCGCUGCCAUCAUCGAGAAAGCGCCCCGCGAUCUGUCCCUUUAUUCCAAAUCCGUUCUCACCAUCCUCGAUUCUGUCCUACGUUCGAAAGAUGUAAACAUGGUCGAAGACUCGAUUCCUACGUUUGAAGCCUAUUGUAAAUAUGUCGACGUCGCCUCCCUCACGGCUGAUCAGCAGCGGGCUCAGCAAUAUAUCUCCCUCGUCCAGCACUACGCUGGCUUUGCCUUGAAAACAAAACCCUCGGAUAAGAAACACGGUGACCCCAUUCCGCUUUCUCUUAGAUGGCGGGAAAUUGGUCUCCGGGCCAUCCGAGCACUCGUGGCCUCCGACGCUCUGGCUGUGGAUUCCAGUCGACAACUGAAUCUAGUCAUGCCUGUCAUUCUGGAGAACAUGUCGCUGGAAGAAGAGAAUAUCCUGGCAACAUUGCAGCAGCGGGCAAAGACAAGCGAGAGGAUGGACGACGAAUCCGCCAGGAGGAGGCGCAUGAGUAUUGCCACAGUCACAACCGUGGACACCUUUGACGGCGAUCCUGCUGCCGCGGUAGAGACCACUGCUGGGGCGGACAAAGUCGCAGAAGAGGAGGUUAGAGCUUUGGCAUUGAGAUGCCUAAAACAAAUCUUUUCUGUCGGCAUCGGAAGUACAAGGGGCCAAACUAGGUUGGCAACAGCUUUGACCCUGAAAUACAUUGCUUCCAAAAAUCCGCCCAAAGUUACCCCAGAAACAUCGAGAGCCGGCAACUGGGCGACUUCCCUGUUUGAAGCGAUUGCGCGAUGGACCCCAGUACAAGAUCGUUUCAUUAUCGUUGUCACCGCCAUGGAAACACUGGUUAGAAGCCCCAUGGUGGAAGGAGUCCUGGAAAAACAACUAGUCCUCACAACCAUGAUCGAUUGGCUUCUCAGUUCGCCUGUGAAUCUCAUCGGACUGAGCGUCAUGGAUGUUUUACUUGGGUUCAUCCAACACAUGCUCGUUCUCCUCCAGCUUGGUGGACCAAAUGCUCGCAUUACACAGUCACAUCGAGAGGACACUCUCGGGUUCUAUCGAGAAGCCAAGGAGGCAUUCGAUCCAAGUUCAGUCUUGACCGAGACCAAGAUGUCCCGAACGCCCUCCAAAGAGUUGACAGCAUCGCCCGUCCGGCAAGAACUGCUUGAGAGGCUGCAGAAGUGCAUCGCCUCUCUAUCCAACCACAUCUACUACACAGACCAGAUCAGCGACAUGUUGACAGCCAUUCUAGCGCGGCUGAAACCAUCACCACAGUCUGAAGUCCCGACAUCGGCAGCUGCGAUCAAUGACCCAGCAGCCGCAACAAAAGCAAUUGCGGAGUCUGCGAACAUACAAGAAGAUGCCAACACCUCUACGUUCUUCUCGUUCGCGACUGCGCGGGUCGCAGCUUGCCGAGUCAUCAGAGAAAUCUUGGUUCGCGCCAACAGCAGACGAACUGCCACAGGGACGCCAAUUGAAGCACGUGCUCGAGUCGGAGUGCAAGUGUGGGAAGGCACUCAAUGGCUCCUCAAAGACGAAGACCAAGAAGUGAGGUUUGCGUACAUUGACGCGCUGUUGGUCUGGCUCAAGCUUGAAACCAACAAGAGCGACAUGCUUCUCCCCCGGGAUGGCAAUCGAAAGCAGGCCCAGUCCAAAAAAUAUCAGGGCGAAAAUGGUGUGGCUAAGAGGGCCGUCUCGAAUGCAUCCCGCAAGGAAAAUAAACCUACAAGAUCCACCUUUCUUGCUCUGCUACAUCUCUCUGUUUACGACAGCAUCCUUGACGACGUGGAAAAUGAAACGAAUCUGCUACUUCUCUACCUCCUCCUAACCAAAUUGGUCGAACGGCUCGGUGUCAAUGCGCUCCGCAGUGGCUUGCCCAUGAUACUCAGGCUCCAGGAGACAGCUCUUAAUGGAGAGGUUGUCUCCAUUUCUGGAAGAGUCAAUGUCGCGAGUGUUGUGCAUGGCUACCUAUGGACAAUUGCGGACAAUUUUGACUUUGAGACAAGUUCAGCCGGUCAUGAGAUCAAUGCAGAGAUUUCUAGGAGGAAACGGUUUGGAAUCUGGCUCGACAGGGUCAGAUUUCCAGCUCUGUCCGUCGAAGACAUCAGGCGUCUUCGUAAGGAGAACCAGCAGGCCCCAGUCUAUAAUGUAGAAGCCGUCGAAACCAUCAAGCCGUUCCUGUCAGUUGCGCAAGUUGUGGAGGAUAUUGCGACAUCGUAUGACAACGCUUUGCUGACGCCGCCAACCUCUGCCCCAUCGUCACCUGGGAGAGUCUUCUCUGUGCCAACCCUUGGAUUUGGCUACGGUUACGGAGCAGCUCCUCAGCCGAAGGCCUCGAGGGAGGACCAGCUUCCACAAAAGGUCAAAGACGAGAUGACCGCUGGGUGGAGCAGAGAAGCAUGCAUAGCUGCGGUCGAGAAGGAGAAUGCGGCAUCUGUGACAGCAUCUCGCACAGGGGCAUCUUCCAUCCCCAGACAACACCUCGGUCUCAAUGGUGCGGCUCGUCAGUUUGGUUCUGUGAAUGGGAAAGAGUCAUCCGCUGGCGGUGGGAAAGAGUCCACGCCAGCGGUUAACGGCACCACAACCCCAACUUACGGCCUUACGGGUGGAUUAGGAAGCCUCACUCAGAUCCGAAGGGCGAGUGCCGCUGGUUCACCUGCAAGGGUCCCGACCACGUCUAGCAGGGAAUCGACGGUAAGAGUCACUGAUUUGAAAAGAGCGCUGUCCGGAUAUGUCGUUACUGGAAGGCGAAAGAGUCCGCUGCGGAGACCCGUGGCAAGUUCUCGGAGGAGUACAGGGAGCAGCGGAAGCAGCAGCAUGCUUAGUUGGGAUGAUGCUGACGAUCGAAAUCCGUCCUUCCUCGAUGUAGCAGGCAGUGACAAUCCAACCGAGCAGCCUCUCGACACCAGUCCACCCCGGCCGCAGACAUCAACCUCAAGCACCGCUAAGACGGCAGACCAAGGAGACCACAGAGAAGCCACAUACCACGAUCAAACAACGCUACCGAGUGUUACAGCCGAUCCUCUUACAGACGCGACCGUUCCGCCAGUGCCAAAGAUCCCGUCAACGCUGAACCUUCCUGGGACAUGGCCAAGAGAUGCUUCACCAGCGCGAUCUGCAGAGGCUUCCACAGAAGCACCUGCUCCAGGCGUACCAGGAAGUCCUGAAUCCCGAAAAGUCACGAGCAAAACGUAUUCACCGUCUCCAGCGCUAGAAAAACAAGGCUUGAGGAAGACAUCCCGGCCGACAAGCCGCAAGGGCGCAACGCCACUAUCUUCAUCUCCGAAUGAAAAGUUCGAUCUGGGCUCACUGUUGGCGGCCAUCCCCAUUCCCAUUGCGGAAGCAGCAGCAGGGGACACGCAGAAGGAAAACCGGACCGGCCGCCUCAUACGGCCUCCUUAUUGA